CUUCCAUAUUUCCUUCUCAUAUUCCUAUUUUAACACAAAUUUAAUUUCAAAAUUGAAACACAUUUAUUUACCCCUGGUUAAACAAACCUCAAUGUCAACGUUCGCUAUUUAUCCAUGCCAUAUGAACGCUGCGCUUUCGCACAAACACGGUAGAAAAUACAACAAAAAGUUGUGUACAUCUAAUCCUACCAUACAAGAGAUGGAAAAAGCUGCUGCUGCUCUGGGGCUACAGUUUACGCUUGAGGAUAAAAAAACUCAUCCAAAAACUCCGUUAGAUCCUGGACGGAUCAGGUUCAGCAAGGAAUACGGCAGACUGACGGUUAUACGGGGAUUGAAGCAGGAGAUAGAAGAGCUGAGGAUCGUGAAAGUGGAGAAAGAGAUCGCCAAAAAAGAAAACGUAAAGGCUAAAAUAGGCACUACAGUUUUCAUGCCACGAACUAAGAAGAAGAAAGACGAGAAAAAAAGUAAAAAAAAUAAAUAAAUUUAAUUGAUGAAGAAAAUGUUGUGAUGAGAGAAUAUAAAUAAACAGCUUUUUAACGAAAGAA